ACGACUCGUUCCUGUGUACACAAUUGAAUGUUGCUUUCAUAACCUUACUCGAAUUGCUUACUUUGUUAACGCAGUAUGAUAUAUUUAAUUUAAAAUGUUACCUCAAUCUUGUCUUGUAAUGAUGGUAAUGUGGUGUAAUUACGUUGUUAAUUGAAUGUACAUACAGAAAGUUUAUAUGAAAUGUGCGAAGAGCAAAGACAGUCUUCAUAGUGAAAUGUAUAAAUAUUUUUUAAAUAAUGGAAAAGAAGUGUAAUAAUAUUUCGGAACAGGUUUAUAGGUAGUGGAAACGUUAUAAAAACUAGUUUUUAGAGCUACAGUACAAAAACUUUAAUGUAUAAUGCUGCAUAAGUGCACAAUGUUUAUUUUACCAAAUUUCAUGAGGACCAUCAUACAACAAAAUGCAUGCACUGAUCAAUUGGCAGCUCUAUCUGUAGAUAUGUAAGGCAAGUUCAAUAUUAUCUAUGAAUUUUGCUGUUGUGUUUUAAGUUUUGCGGUUCUUAUUUUAUGGUUGUAAUGUUCUUGGAUCACAAUGUUGGAAUACGAAAAUCAGAUGUUUCUGGAUGUUCUCCAUCAAGAUGGGUUACUGGUCACUGCAAAGGGGCUGAGCCUUGAGACAAUUUUUUUAAAUCUUGUAAAAGUUUACUCAGAUCCUGGAAAUCUUGUUAUUGUUAUUGGAACAACAGGCAAAGAAGAAGAAUUUUUUGUCAAUCAGCUUGCUGAUGAAAAUGUUAAACCACUUCCUAAAGUUAUCACAAAUGAAUAUAAUUCCUCUGACAGAGAAAUUGUGUACCUUGAAGGUGGUGUGUUAUUUGUAUCAUCAAGAAUCUUGGUGGUAGACUUAUUGAAGAAUAGGUUGCCAAUUGAGAAGGUAACUGGAUUUUUGGUGUACCGUGCACACGCAAUCCUUGAAUCAUGUCAGGAAGCUUUUGCAGUUCGUCUUUUUCGACAGAAAAAUAAAACGGGUUUCAUCAAGGCAUUUUCUUCGGCUCCUCAAGCUUUCACGAGAGGCUUCGCUCAAGUGCAGCACAUAAUGAAGACUCUUUUUGUUUGCAACCUAUACUUGUGGCCAAGGUUUCAUGCCAAUGUGCGUAGCAGUUUGGAUUCUCCCACGCUGUCUGUAACUGAACUGCAUGUACAGAUGACACCACAAAUGAAAGAACUUCAGGCUGCUUUGUUGGACCUUAUCAGUCUCUCCAUAAAAGACCUCAAGAUGCAGAACCCCUCUAUGGAUUUGGAUGAUGUGACUGUGGAAAAUGUCAUCGCACGAUCAUUCCAUAAGCUACUACAUCAGCAACUGGACCCCUCUUGGCACCAACUCAACGCUCAAACUCACAAGCUCAUAGCAGAUCUGCGGUCGCUUUGCUCCAUGCUCAAUUACUUGACCCGGUAUGACAGUGUCACCUUUCAUAAUUUGGUAUCGGGUUUCCGAACUCGUGACUACGCACUCAAAUGCUCAGGCUGGUGUCUCCUGGAUGCAGCUGAAACUGUGUUUGUUGUGGCUGAGAAAAGAGCAAGUGGACUCUCAGGCAGUGAAGGAGUGCUGAAUCCAGAAGUCUGCCCAAAGUGGACUGUAUUGACAGAAGUAUUGGUGGAAAUUAACAAACAGUCCAAGGAAUGUGGAAGGAAAGGAGAGAAAACACUGAUUCUUGUACCUGACAAGAAGACUUGUGAGCAAAUUAAACAGUUGUUAACAUUGGGUGCUCACAACUUGCUUCAACAUCUGAGUAGAAACAUGAAAACUACAGCAGCAGUUAGCAAGCAUCCAGCUUCCAGACCCAUAACUUUGGCAGACGACCCUGAUCGGCCUGAAGAAGAAGUGACUACUAUAGAUGUUAAAAAAGAGCCUGAGGAGGCAGAAGAAGAUAUGCAGGACUUUUACAUGUUGACUCAGAAGUGUGUUGAAGAACAGGAAACAUCAGGAGAUGCAGGGGUCUCUUCUAGCCAGUACGAAGAAGUGAAAGAGGAGAAAGUCUCCCAGUUGGAAACCGACAGUUGGCAGCCUCCAAUGCUCUAUAUUCAGCCUUUCAAGCGCAACAAUGACCCUACUGCCCUUAUCAGGAGCUUGGAGGAUCUUAAGCCUAAGUACGUCAUUCUGUACGACAUGGACAUGACAGCAGUCAGGCGCCUGGAGGUAUUCAAUGCCAAGCACCCAGAGAUAGGUUUGCAGAUAUUUGUGUUGGUGUACUCGGGCACCGUGGAGGAACAGGCCUACCUCACUACACUGAGGAGGGAAAAAGAAGCUUUUGAGUUUCUCAUAAAUGAGAAGGCUAGCAUGGUAGUAGCUACAAAUCAAGAUGGUCGUUCAGAUGACAACCCAUUAUUAACCAGGGACACUUCCAAACCCAGUGAAACGGUGACCAACACUCGCAAAGGAGGGUUGUCUGACGCACAGCCAAAGAAAGAAUCGCGCAUUAUUGUUGAUAUGCGUGAGUUCCGCAGUGAACUUCCAGCUCUAAUUUACAAGCGAGGCAUUGAAAUAGAGCCAAUCACUCUACACGUUGGAGACUACAUCUUAACACCUGAGAUUUGUGUCGAGAGGAAGAGUGUGAGUGACUUGAUUGGGUCACUCAAUUCUGGGCGCCUCUACACCCAAGCUGUGGCAAUGAUGCGUCAUUAUGCAAAGCCAAUGCUCUUGAUUGAAUUUGAUCAUAACAAACCUUUUGUUCUUCAGGGCCAGUACUAUGUGAGUAAGAAUGUUUCAUCCAAAGAUGUCUCUGCAAAACUUCAGUUGCUGACUCUACAUUUUCCAAAAUUACGCCUCGUCUGGUCUCCCAGCCCCUAUGCUACAGCAGAACUCUUUGAUGAGCUCAAGCAAGGAUAUCCUGAACCAGAUGCUAUGGCUGCUGCAUCAAUUGGAGCAGAACUAGAAUCAGAAUUGGAUUCAGACAAGUUCAACACAGCAGUCCAUGAUUUUGUGGCAAAGUUACCAGGCGUCAUCACUAAGACUCUAAAAAAUGUCCUUUCCAAAGGAAAGUCCCUUGACCACCUGGUACGAUGCUCGAAAGAACAACUGCAAGAACUAGUAGGAAACAGCCUACAUGCAAAUGACCUCUAUUCCUCAUUGCACAAUGUUUUGACAGAAGAUUCGCAAGCAGGCCCAUCUUCACGAGGUGCUUCUUCAAAGGGCCGAGGAGGCAAGUGGCAAGGCUUUAAAAAACUAAAGUUCAAGUAAUACUAAGAAGAAAUAAUUUAUGUACAAAUUUUGUAAAUAUGAACAAAACACUCUUUCUAUAGUAUUAAUAAUAUAAUCUUCAAAAGAUCAUGGCGAAAAAUAGCUUGAGGAAUCUGAGAGUUUAAUGUGAUUUGAUGUAUGAAUGUUCAAUGAAAUAAUUUAUCACUGUCAAUUUAUAUGUUAAUAAAAGAAAUACUGUAAUUUA